AUGCCUGGUUUCAUUCCCAAAAAAUUCCCCGGCAAAGUUGCCGAGCCGAUGAUCCCUUUCUACGCCGCCGGUCUUAUCGUCCUGUACGCCGUCAAUGCUGGCGCCAAUGCCAUGAUGAACUCGGAGGAGUACAGGAACGAUCCCCGAAAUCCAAACGCGAAGCCUGAUUCCAAGCCUGCACAUUAG